CUAAACCACAUCCAUGGCUUCCUCGACAUAUCAACUUUUCAUUUUCGUGCUAAUCACAUUUCUAGUUAUUUUCGAAACGUCGUUAGCGAUUGGAAACUUUUCACCUGUCGAUGGAAGUUUACUGUUCUCACCUAAACAUGUUGUGAUCUAUAACACAUUGAACUCACAUGAAGGAUUGGUCGUGCACUGUAGGAAUAAAGAGAAAGAUUUGACGUUUCCUGCGAUCCAAUCUCAACAAAGUGUAGGUUUCAGCUUUCGUGUCAAUCUACGCAGAACAACAACAUACACUUGCACUUUCUCGUGGGCAGGAAAUGUAAAGACGUUUGAUAUUUUUAGAACGGAUAGAGAUGAUAAUUCAAAAAGUGUAUGUGGAAUCUGCAAAGAAUGUAUUUGGUAUAUUAACGAGUCAGGUCCAUGUCGUGUUAGACGCGAUGGAGGGGCUCCUUACUGUUUUCAGUGGCCAUCUUAAUUAUCUUAGAGUGAU